GGCCGAAAACAUAAAUUUUCAUCAUCACAAAAUUUGAGAAAAUCUUUACUAUUAGUAAUUGUAGGGUUUAUCUUCAUUCAAGGAACAUUUGAAUCCCUUAAUAAGCGACUCAGUUGUAAUCAAUCAUGGCAUCUCCUCAAAGAGAAGGUUUUACCGUUCCAACCUCCAUUUCGCACGCUGCUCUUGGGCAAGUAACCACCAAGUCUUUAGGUGUUAAAUAUAAUUGUGCUCAAUGUGCUUCUUCCUUUUCAUUAGGUAAGAAUGAUGCUAUUAGAUGUAAAGAUUGUGGUCACAGAGUCAUUUAUAAAGCCAGAACUAGAAGAAUGGUUCAAUUUGAAGCUCGUUAAGUACCUUUCAAUCUAAAGUAUUAUAAAUCACAUUGGAUCUGUUUCCUACAAUAAUGAAAAUAACAAAAAAGUGAAACAACAACGUCUAACUUGUAACAUAUUAUAUCACGGGCCAUUACUAUAUACUAUAUAUUAUUGGCUCCCAAAGACCUAAAAUUAAUUUAUCUUUUUGGGCCACAUAAAUGAGGUUGUAUGAUAUCUAUAGAAUCCCAUUAAUUUUCAAUGUACAUUAUUUUUUUAAUGAU